AUGCCUCCCUGGCUGGAUCACAAUGUUAGUGCUGUGGAGAUGGGUUCUAUGCCCUGUACCCCCAGGACAGCCAGAAGAACGGUGCAGAGUGAGAGUUCUCACAACAAUAACGUCCUAGUGGAUAGAGUUCCAACUCCCCUGGCCAACACCAUUUCAUACCCAGGAAAAGAGAAUGACGGACAGACACGCCACACCCAAAGGAAGGAGAAAGUGAGCUACAAGGAGCCAAACCUCAAGAGUAAGAUGAGACGUGGAGACAAGUUUACGGAUACAGAGUUUUUAAGCUCACCCAUUUUUAAGGACAAAAAAAACAAGAAAACGACCAUAAAAAGGGCUUGA